UCAACAUUUUGUUUCUCAGAUUCCAUUUUCCUUUGCUGUGGAGUUGUGGGGUGAUGGAGAUAUUCAAGGAAAACAAUGUUUUGAUUUAUUUAAUCCUCCCAAUAAAGAACUUCUGAGAAACAUGAAGGCUGUUCAUCCAAUUUAUGAAAACUUGUUUGUUAAUUUAAUACAAUGGAAAGAUGAACAACUGAAGUCUGUUUUAAGCAUUGAGACAGAUGGACCAUCACUUCUUCUCUGCUUCAUGAUGCUGGCAAUGGUUGUUAUGGUAACUCUUCUAGCCAUAUGUCAGAGGAGAUUUCUGAGCUGGUUUCAGCUUUAUCCACGUCGCAGGAUUGUUAGUUUGAAGUCACUAAGCACUAGUCUCCACAUUAGUUGACGUUUUGCCCCUAUUCAUCAAUGGUUUGAUUUCAAGAAAUGAAGAUUUUGGAUUAACAAGUUGAUUAAUGAUUAAGCUGGCCCAGAAUUUUAUUUUAUUGUCUUCUAGAUGUAGGAGUUUGGAAUUCAGUUUGUAGGUAUUAUUAAGAUAAUUGCAUUUGGAAGAACAGAAGUAUGUAUGUAAAACAAUAUAGGUUGUGAAUCCCUAAGAGAAAGGGUUUCUUUAUUCCCAGGGAUUGAGGUUAUUUUAUCUUCUCCAAAUAUAAUGUGAAAGAUGUAUAAUUUUACUGCCUUAUCAACUUGUGUGUUGAAACUAUAAAUCAGUGUGUCACAUAUGUAAAUACCAGAAAAGUAUGUGAUGUUUGUGUAUACAAGAAACUAUGACAUGUAGCUCUAAGAUAUAAAGUUAGAAAAGUCCUAUUAACUGAAAAGUAUUGGUAUUUUAUUAUAACAUAAUAGAUAUUGAAUGUGAGCCUGUGGUAUCUUAAAACAUCACAAAACUUAAAACGUUUUUCAGGUUUUUAUUUCCUGUGAAGAAUCAAAAUACAACUUCAGAAAUUUGAGUUGGAAACAUUUUGUCAAAGAAUAGGAUGUAUUAAUUUCCUUACAUUUCAAUUUCAUUAUUUUAGUUUAUAUUAUGGUUACCCAAGGAGUUGUAAUUUUCUUUGAACUGAUGGGGAAUCCAAAAAAACAAAAAAUAUUUCUGUUAAUAUUGUUUUUCUUUAGGAAAAUUUAUCUUUCA